AAUACUCCCUCUAUUAAUUUGCCGGUCUCUACGUGCAGAAAGCGAACGUGUAUUAUAACGUACCCAUAAUUAGUGAUAAAUUGACACGUAAGCUGCAUAAUAAAAUAGUUCCAAAAUGCAACAGAAAAAUAUUGUGCAUGGUCCAGCUGAUUCUCUUCCUCAAUUCAAAAAUUUAUCUAUAGGACAAUUACUUUUAAAUCAGUUAAACAUUCAUAGAUCUUGGGUAGCACAGAUAAAUGCUUACACAGGAAAAGAACAAACAUUUAAAGAUAUUUUGGAUGACAGUAGAAAACUAGCAAUUGCUCUCGAUAAGCAAGGAUUAAAAAAAGAUGAUCGUAUUGCUAUAUGCAGCGAAAACAAUACAGAAUUUUGUAUACCAAUGUGUGCUGCAUUUUAUUUAGGUGUUACUGUUUGUCCAUUGAAUCCACUCUAUUCGGAAAGAGAAUUGAAAUAUGCAUUAAACAUUACGAAACCAAAGUACAUUUUUAUAUCAGACAUUGCAAUGAUUAAUAUGCUCAAAGUUCAUCCUCAGUUAUAUUGGUUGCCAAAGUUAAUAAUGUUAACAGAAUCAAAAAAUAAUACAAUUCCCAACAUAAAGAAUUUAACAUUAGACAUAAUUAUUGAUAAUAAUUUCCACGCUUGUCCUAUUGAUGAUGAUCAUGUAACGGUGAUUCCCUACUCUAGUGGUACAACAGGAUUGCCAAAGGGAGUGAUGUUAACAAACAAAAACUUAUUAGCUGUAAUAAGAACUUUUGUAGUUUUAACACCUGAAAUAUUAAAUACUAAUGUAACAACAUUAGCUUUACUACCAUUUUUUCAUGCAUACUCUCUCUCUGUACUUCUUGUAAGACUUACAUUUGGGAAUAAGAGUGUCAUUUUACCACGUUUUGAAGAAAAUAUGUUUCUACGAACCAUAGAAAAAUAUAGAAUUGAAUAUAUAACUCUUGUACCACCUCUUAUGGUAUUUCUGGCAAAACAUCCUAUCGUGGAUAAAUAUGAUUUAUCCAGUGUUAAGGAUAUUUGGUGUGGUGCAGCACAUUUGUCAGAAAAUAUCACAAAAGUAGUUGCCAAAAGAUUAAAUAUAAAAAAUAUAAAACAAGGCUUUGGGUUAACAGAAACCACUCUGGCUGUACUUAUAUCACCAAAUAACAGUACGAAAUAUGGAAGUGUAGGGACACUGGUCCCAGGAAUUUCAGCAAAGGUAAUACCAAUAAACGGGGAUGAAUCAAAUGAAUCCCUAGGACCAAAUAAGAUUGGAGAAUUAUGUUUCAAAGGAGACUUGAUAAUGAAAGGAUACUACAAUAAUGAGAAAGCUACAACAGCCACUAUUGAUAAAGAUGGCUGGUUACAUUCAGGAGAUAUAGGGUAUUAUGAUGAACAGUAUUAUUUUUAUGUAAUAGAUCGUUUAAAAGAACUUAUUAAGUACAAAGGAUUUCAAGUUCCACCAGCUGAACUGGAAGCAUUGCUAUUAACAUAUCAUGGAGUUAAAGAUGCAGCGGUUAUUGGUAUACCGCAUGAAGAAGCAGGUGAAUUACCUGCUGCUUUCAUUGUUAAACAAGAUGGAUUUAAUAUAACAGCAGAAGACAUUAUUAAAUUUGUAAAUGAACGUGUAUCAAGUCACAAACGACUUCGAGGUGGUGUCAAAUUCGUGGACAGUAUUCCCAAAACUGCAUCAGGGAAAAUACUGCAUCGAGUUUUGCGCGAUACGUUCAAAUCAAAAUUGUAGAGUUCUGAUACUAAGAAGAAACAUUAUAAGUUUUAACUCUACAA